AUGUUGAGCACCGUGCUGGACAUUUUGUCAGGCGCCGCUCAAGAACAUGAAGUUUUGGGGGAUAUACCUAUCCAGUUAUUGUUGGCAGCAUCAAAAGGCGGCCGCAUGGAAGUGCUCCCAAGAUUAAUCACUACCAUGGCUGAUAAAAAUGCCCCAGCUUUUCAACAUGCGGUUGAAAAUGGCCAGCUUAGUAUUGUGGAGUAUCUUGUCAAUCUUCAGGUUCAUAUCAAUGUGGCUCCUCGAGCGAAUGGCUAUACAUCUCUUCAGGCUGCCUCUUUAAAAGGCUACCUUGAGGUUGUAAAGCUUUUAGUUGCUCAAAGGGCCGAUAUAAAUGCUGGUCCUGCUAAGAAUCACGGUCUUACUGCUCUCCAGGCUGCUUCCCUAGGAGGGCAUCUUAAGAUUGUAAAGCUAUUACUUGAUCAAAAGGCGGAUAUAAAUGCUCGUCCUGCUAUAACACGCGGUCUUACUGCUCUCCAAGCUGCCUCUCAAGAGGGUCACCUCGAGAUUGUAAAAUAUUUAGUUGCUGGAAAGGCUGAUGUUGAUUAUCGUGACCUGAGCGAAGGAAAAACAGCUCUAGAAUAUGCUCGUGAGGGAGGCCAUCUUCAAAUUGUUGGACUUUUGCAUAACGAAUCAGCGAUGGCAAAAUAUGAGCUGUAUCUCGCUGGUGCAGAUUAA